AUGACUUCCUAUCGUUCAAGCUCUGCACCAUCUUAUCAAGUUUCAAGCUCAUCUGGAGGCUUUGGAAGUGGCUUCAGUGGUAGCAACUAUGGAGGAAGCUUUAGUGGUGGUUAUGGUGGUGGGUCUAGUGCAGGGUUUUCCCUAAGCUCUGCUGUGGGAUCCAGUGGUGGAUUCUUUUCUGGUGGCUUCAGUGGAGGCGAUAAGCAGACCAUGCAAAACCUCAAUGACCGCCUGGCUUCCUACUUGGAGAAAGUGAGAGCACUGGAGGCUUCCAAUGCUGAGCUGGAAUUGAAGAUCCGAGAAUGGUAUGCAAAACAAGUUGGUGCUGGAGCAGAUGCAUCUAAAGACUACAGCAAAUACUACAAUACUAUCAAUGACUUGAAGAGCAAGAUCUUUGUUGCCACAACUGAAAAUUCCCGUGUUCUACUGCAGAUUGACAAUGCCAAACUGGCUGCAGAUGACUUCAGACUAAAGUAUGAGAACGAGCUGGCUCUCCGCCAGAGUGUGGAGGCUGAUAUCAGUGGACUCCGUAGAGUCUUGGAUGAGUUGACCAUGUCCAGAGGAGACCUGGAGAUCCAAAUUGAAAGCUUGGCUGAAGAGCUGGCGUUCCUGAAGAAGAACCAUCAGGAGGAACUGAACAUUGUAAAGAGUAGUACUGCUGGCCAAGUCAAUGUAGAAAUGGAUGCUGCUCCAGGUGUGGAUCUCACCAAGCUUCUGAAUGACAUGAGAGCAGACUAUGAGACACUGGCUGAGAAGAAUCGCAAGGAUGCUGAGACAUGGUUCAAUCAGAAGAGCAAGGAUCUGAGCAAAGAAAUUUCAGUUGGUGUGCAGCAAGUAGAAACAAGCAAGAGUGAAAUCUCAGAUCUCAGACGUACCCUCCAAGCCUUAGAGAUUGAACUUCAAUCACAGCUUGCUCUGAAAAAAUCUCUUGAAGAAACCCUUGCUGAAACAGAAGGCCGCUAUGGAGUACAACUGCAGCAGCUCCAGGUUGCUAUUAAUGGAAUUGAGGAGCAGCUGCUGCAGAUCAGAUUGGACAUAGAUCGACAAAGCCAAGAGUAUAGAGAGCUUCUCGAUAUCAAGACAAGACUGGAAAUGGAAAUUGAAACAUACCGUCGCCUGUUGGAGGGAGAACUAGGCUCAAGCGCAACCACCGUGUCAUCAUCAGUCGUGAAAACAGAAUCAAUAGAUUCGAAGAAAGACCCAAGCAAAAGUAGAAAGGUGAAGACCAUCAUAGAAGAAGUGGUGGAUGGAAAGGUGGUGUCUUCCACUUUCAACGAAAUUGAAGAGAAGUUGAAUUAA